AUGGCCCAAAACAAACAGGCUUUGAAACAGGUCCUAGACUCGACAGCACUGGCAGCAACGAGAUUCAUCCGUCGGCCACCCAUUGAUACCAAGACUGCAAUUCAAGGGAAACCUCGCGAAACAAGCUCCAAUGCAUACAAGAACCAUCAGGAUAAGGAGGGAAGGCGGUUACAGAAGGCCUUGAACUCGCUCACCCACGGCGAGAACAUCUUUGUGUACCAGAACCUCCGCACGAAGCAGGUCGUGUACUCCCUGACCCGCUACCUUGAGAAACACAACCUUCUCAAGCAAAUGGUCAACCACGGCAAGAAGACUAUUCCCGCAGAACUCCGCAAAGAUCUUUGGGCUCCGUACUACUCCGUGCACUUUAAUAACCGAGAAGUCGGACUCAAUGUCUACAACCACCUCCGCCAAUUCGCAUUGCUCCGUCAGCUGUCUCCACCACGAGAAAUGAUCACCGUGACAAAAGAAUUCCUCGAUGCGCAGCGGCCGACAGAUCUCCGAGACCAGAUGGAGUGGGACAAGCAGAACAAGGGACGGAUUGGUCAGAUUAUGAAGCAGAAGGAACGCGCCAAGGCCUUGAUGGACCAGAAGGCGACCUCGGUUGCCGACAUUGCGUUUUUGGUAGGCAAGCACAGCGGUCAAAUCAUGAACGGGCCUCCUGAGCGCGUCUUGGCCGAGCACAGAACUCAGAACCAGCGUCGCCGUCAAAAGAUCGCUCGCGAGAAGCUCGCAGCGUCUGCCAAGGAACGCGCAGCUGAGGUUUUGUCGUUGCAGGAGCAGUUGGGUGUGGAGAUCGUUGCAGACAUGAACAAGCCUGAUGGGUCCGGUGUCAAAAUUCUGUGGCAGGAUGUUUAUUCUCCGCAGUACGCCAAGGAAUGGCCUAACUUUGUCCAACACGGUCAAUUGCGUUGGACUCGCAACCAUAUCAUUUCACAGGAGCAGGGCUUUGAGUCCGAGGAGGUCAUUGCGGAUGGUGAAUUUGCAGAGGCCUAG